AUGGAUAUCGAAAGGGCCAAGAGCCAGGCUGAUCCCGAGCAUACGGUCGAGAUAGAUGUGGGUUCCGGCCUAUGCCAGCCGCUGCGUCGCAAAUUCUGGAGAUUCUUUUCGGCCAAACAACUCUACGAAUGCCUCCGUCCGCUUUUCCACGUCACCUAUGUGCACGGACUAACCUGUUUUUACAUCAGUUAUGAUUCCAAAACCGGAAUAAGAACCCCCAAAAAAACAGUUUUUGGUUUUCUAAACGGCAUUCUACACAUUACCUUCUACGCGGUCUGCUACAGCCUGACGAUUUUUAAUAAUUGCGAGUCGGUGGCCAGCUACUUCUUCCGAUCGCGCAUCACCUAUUUCGGGGAUAUGAUGCAGAUUGUCAGUGGAUUUAUCGGCGUCACUGUAAUCUACCUGACGGCCAUUAUUCCAAAUCAUCGCUUGGAGCGUUGCCUCCAGAAAUUCCACACCAUGGACGUCCAACUCCAGACCGUCGGCAUUAAAAUCAUGUACAGCAAAGUCUUAAGAUAUAGUUACAUGAUUUUGUUCUUUAUGUUUCUGGUGAACUUGUGCUUCACUCUCGGCACCUUUUCGGUCUUGUAUUCAUCGGCGGUGACUCCUACCUUGGCCCUGCAUUUUACAUUUCUCAUCCAGCACACGGUUAUUGUUAUAGCCGUUUGUGUUUUCAGCUGCUUUACGUAUUUGGUCGAAAUGCGCCUCGUUAUGGUCAAUAAGGUCCUUAAAAACCUUGCCCAUCAGUGGGACAGCCGCAGCCUAAAAGCAGUCAACCAAAAGCAGCGUUCCCUGCAAUGCCUGGAUUCCUUCUCCAUGUAUACAAUCGUGACCAAGGAUCCGGCUGAAAUCAUUCAGGAAUCUAUGGAGAUACACCAUCUGAUUUGUGAGGCUGCUGCCACGGCCAACAAGUAUUUUACCUACCAACUUUUGACCAUUAUAUCCAUCGCCUUUCUCAUCAUUGUCUUUGAUGCCUAUUAUGUUUUGGAAACCCUCCUCGGCAAGUCGAAGCGCGAAAGUAAAUUCAAAACCGUUGAGUUUGUCACAUUCUUUUCGUGUCAAAUGAUUUUGUAUUUGAUUGCCAUUAUUUCCAUUGUGGAGGGCAGUAAUCGAGCUAUCAAGAAGAGUGAAAAAACCGGCGGAAUUGUACACUCACUCAUGAACAAGACCAAAAGUGCCGAGGUCAAGGAAAAGUUGCAACAGUUCUCCAUGCAGUUAAUGCACUUGAAAAUAAACUUCACAGCCGCUGGAUUGUUCAACAUUGAUCGUACUUUGUACUUUACGAUUAGUGGAGCCUUGACCACUUAUCUCAUCAUUUUGUUACAAUUCACCUCGAAUUCCCCGAACAACGGCUAUGGGAAUGGAUAUCCCUGCUGUGAAAACUACAAUAAUAUUACGAAUCACACGCUUUAGAUGUUUUUUAAUGGCUUAGAUGUAAACCGUAGCUGUAAGGUUGGCAGUGGAAUGGAAAGGGUGAAAUGAUAUAG